GUCUGCCCCUCCUUCCUUCCUCCAAAGAAUACCUGCCCGCUUGACUGUUUUCUUUCCUCUCCUCUGCUCCCAAUAAAAACUCCACCAACCCAGGAUAAAUAAAAGACUAGCAAGAGAUAGAUAACUUGUUCUACUCCAUUGCUUUGGCUUCUUUCCACAGUCUUCUCUCCACGGCUGUCUUCCUUCCUCUCCUCUGCUAGUGAUAAAAACUCCGCGAUCCAAAGAGAGAGAAGACUCGGAAGAGAGAGAGAGCUUCUUUUCCUUCUCUAUGGGUUUGACUUCUUUCAAGUGCCUUCUCCUUCUCGUACUCUCUCUUCUUCUCCACCCAGGGACUAUCUGGGGCAAUGCAGAGCUGAGAGCGCUCAUGGAGGUGAAAACGGCGUUGGACCCGGAGGGGCGGAUCCUGAGUACGUGGACGAGCGAUGGAGACCCGUGCGGGGGGAGCUUCGAGGGCGUGGCGUGCAACGAGCACGGGAAGGUGGCCAACAUCUCGCUCCAGGGAAAGGGCCUCGCUGGCUCCAUCUCGCCGGCGGUGGCGGAUCUCCGGUGCCUCUCUGGACUCUACCUCCACUACAAUGCGCUCUCCGGGAAGAUACCCAGAGAAAUCGCCAAACUGAACGAGCUUAGCGACCUCUACCUCGACGUUAACAACCUCUCCGGCGGUAUUCCUGAGGAAAUCGGCAACAUGGCCAGUCUCCAAGUUCUGCAGCUUUGUUGUAACCAGUUGACUGGGAGUAUACCCACCCAACUGGGGCUUUUAAAGAAGCUUACUGUUCUUGCCCUGCAGUCGAAUCACUUAACUGGUGCAAUCCCUGCAUGCUUAGGGGAUUUAACUCAGUUGAUGCGGUUGGAUUUAAGCUUUAACCAGCUUUUUGGUUCAAUCCCUGUUAAGCUAGCUCAACUCUCCCAGUUGGUAGCAUUUGAUGUUAGGAACAAUACACUAUCUGGCAGUGUUCCUUCUGAUUUAAAGAGACUGGAUGAUGGAUUUCAGUAUUGGAAUAAUGCUGAUCUUUGUGGAGAUGGAUUCCCUUCUCUGAGAGUUUGCACUUCUUCUGAUCUCCUUAAUCCUCAUAGGCCUGAACCCUAUGGUGCUGGUAUACUUCCACAGGACAAUCCUCAGUCAGCUAAUCUCAAUGUGCACUGCAACAAUACCCACUGCUCCCACUCUUCAAAAUCAGCUGUAGCAAUUGUUGUUGCCAUUGCUGCAGUUGUGUUUGGAGGAACAAUUUCCAGCCUUUUGGCCUUUUCCUGGUAUCGACGCAGGAAGCAAAAGAUUGGCAGUCCAUUGGAGGUCUCAGAUAGAUGGCUUAGCAUCGAUCAGACCAAGGACUUCUACCGAAGGAGUUCUUCUCCCCUCAUUAGCCUUGAGUACUCUAAUGGGUGGGAUCCUUUGGCUGAUGCAAAGAGUGGCAUUGGGUUCUCUCAGGAGGUUUUGCAGAGCUUUAGGUUCAAUUUGGAGGAGGUAGAGUGUGCGACUCAGUACUUCUCAGAGGUUAACUUGCUUGGGAAAAAGGCCCACUUUGCUGCAACUUAUAAAGGGAUCCUGCGAGAUGGGACCAUGGUGGCAGUGAAGAGAAUUAGCAAGACAAGCUGUAAAUCGGAAGAGGCUGAGUUCCUUAUGGGGUUAAAGCUACUGACUUCACUGAGACAUGAAAAUCUUGUUGGGCUGAGAGGAUUUUGCUGUUCGAGGGGAAGGGGAGAAUGCUUCCUUGUGUACAAUUUUGUUGCUAAUGGAAGCUUGUCACGGUAUCUGGAUGCGAAGGGUGAUGAAAAUAGCCAGAUUCUAGAUUGGCCCACAAGAGUUUCUAUCACCAAAGGCAUUGCCAAAGGCAUUGAAUAUUUGCACAGCAACAAGACAAACAAGCCCUCUCUGAUUCACCAAAGCAUAUCGGCAGAGAGAGUCCUUAUUGACAGUCAUUUUAAUCCUUUACUCUCUGACUCCGGCUUGUACAAGCUAUUGGCCGAUGAUGUUGUCUUUUCGACCCUGAAAGCCAGUGCUGCCAUGGGUUACUUGGCCCCCGAAUAUGCUACUGUUGGCCGGUUUACCGAGAAGAGUGAUGUUUAUGCCUUUGGGAUCAUUGUGUUUCAGAUUUUAACAGGGAAGAGGACCACUCACUUACGAGUGGGAACUGAACCUGGAAACCUUGAAGACCUCAUUGAUGAGAAUCUAAAGGGAAACUUCUCCAAGCCAGAGGCAGCUAAAUUGGCUAGCAUUGCUUUACUUUGCACGAAUGAAGCUCCAAACCAGAGGCCAACAAUGGAGGCUAUCCUUCAAGAGUUGAAUAGCAGCCAAUAAAAGUGGAUUGUUCAUGUCAAAUUUUCUUGACAAAGAAUCCAAUUCCUUGGCUCAAGGACCCAUUUAAAGCAAUAGCUUGGUGAGAAAGGGGAAUGUGUUUACUGAUGCAGAACCAUCUGGGUGCUCUUUACUCAGGAUUUGAAUCUUGUAAUGUAUUUUGUCUGACUGGGCUUAACCCUUACAGCGGGUAGGUGCAUGUGAUCUCUUCUGUCUCUUGAGAGAAGAGAGAGGAAGCAGAUGAAACCAGCUGUUGUAACUUUUUCUUUCCUUUAAUCCUUGUGUCAGAGUAAUGUCUGUGUAGACUGUGGGAUGACUCCAUUAGAAAGAGCCAAGCGCUUUGGGCAA